AAGUUCUCUGCAAUCUCUCACCAGUUUAAAGAAGCAAAAGACAAAGUAGGAUCUUUAACUCAAGAUCCAGGGAAUGAAUUGAAGUUAAAGAUGUACGCCCUUUUUAAGCAGGGUUCUUUAGGCAAAUGUAAUACACCAAAGCCUGGGACUUUGGACUUUGUUGGAAAGGCAAAAUGGAAUGCAUGGAACGAUUUGGGUGAUUUAUCACAGGUAGAUGCACAAAAACAGUAUAUAGCACUUGUGGAAUCUUUACUAGGACAAAAAUCCAAGACCAACAGCCAACCCAACAAAGACAUUAAUACAUCAAAUGAGUUUGAAAAUAUUCUUGUCUCUACUGAUGGCGGUUUGAGGACAAUCACAAUGAACAGGCCUGAUAAAUACAAUGCUUUGACCCCAAAGUUUUGUCAACGCCACAAACGAAGAAUAAUGUUUACGAAGCUGAAAGCCACAUGUUGCAAGGUCAAAAUUCGUUCGUUGAAAUUUGAUGAAGAAGCCAUUAUCAAUGAAAUUGAAAGCGAUGUGCGUCAGGAAUACGUCUAAAGAGAUAUUGUGAUAAAAGUCAUCUCU